CCGAACUCCCAACUCUUUUCCAACGGUGUGUGCGGAGGUCUCACCCUUUUGCGGCGUCAAAAUGGCCAGAUUCUCAGUCAUUCUCUCAUCCCUUUUCUUAUCCUUUGCAGGGGGGAUGGCCGCAACGUUCACGCUGACGAACAACUGCGAGUACCCCGUGUGGCCUGGCAUGCUCUCGAGCGCCGGCACGCCUGCGCUGUCCACGACGGGUUUCCAGCUGCAGACGGGCGAGUCCCGCAGCCUGGACGCGCCGACCACGUGGUCGGGGCGUUUCUGGGGCCGCACCCUCUGUGCCACCGACUCCAGCGGCAGGUUCAGCUGCGCCACCGGCGACUGCGGGUCCGGCGGGGUGGAGUGCUCCGGAGGCGGCGCGGCACCCCCGGCCACCCUGGCGGAGUUCACGCUCGACGGCAGCGGUGGGAUGGACUUCUACGACGUGAGCCUCGUGGACGGCUACAACCUCCCGAUGCUGGUGGUGCCGCAGGGAGGCUCUGGCGGGAGCUGCAGCUCGACGGGGUGCCUGGUGGACCUCAACGGGCUGUGCCCGUCGGACCUUAAGGUGAUGCUGUCGACCUCCGACGGGGGGAGCGAGAGCGUGGCGUGCAAGAGCGCGUGCGAGGCGUUCGGGUCGCCCCAGUUCUGCUGCAGCGGUGACUACGGCAACCCUAACACGUGCAAGCCAUCGUCGUACUCGCAGUUCUUCAAGAACGCCUGUCCCAAGGCCUACAGCUACGCCUACGACGACGCCACCUCCACCUUUACCUGCGCCUCCGCUAAUUACCUCAUCACUUUCUGCCCCAGCACCACAAGCCAGAAAUCUUCGGACACGAAUCCGGAGGCAGCGGGCAUUCCGUCGAGUAGCAACAGCACGAUGGUCUACAUCGGCGGGGAGCAAGCGAGCCACGCCACGGCCACCGUGCCACGCAUCGCCGCCGUGCUUCUCGCCUUCUCCUUUGCUCUUCUCGCUAUGCAUCUUGGCUUGUAAAGCGCUACUACUACUACAACUACUACUAAAUAGGAGGCAGCAGCGAUUGGUGGGUAGUCCGGGACACCACUUGAUGUCUCGUUCAUACGAUGGAGACGAAAGAUUUCGUCGAGCUGAUCACAGGCGAAGCUCAGAUUGCCGGGCUCAGAGCCGCCUCCUUCCUGUUUCAUCUCUUUCUUCUUCCUCGAAUGAUGUAGUCUCUCACAGACACGAUCUGGCGUGGGUCAACGAAGUCAAGGUCCUGUUCGUCAGGACUGGAGGGCCCACUCACGAUAGACCACAUCACCCCUGAAAAUUUUCAGGGUCACUCCAAUCUAGUAUUCUUGGUUGUUAUAGUUUACAGUUGUAUUAGCUUUCUGCAGGGUUAGGGAUUUUGGGGAUACGCCUACAUUGUUUCACAUUGUAUUUGAUCGACAGAAAUCAUAUGAUUUAUAUCCAAAAGUUAGGUUAGAAACAUUUGGUGCAAUAUAUGUACCCUUGGAAGUUUGGACAUGAAAGAACAAUGGCUGCUCACCAAACUUGCAUGACAUAA